AUGUCUUAUUCACCAACGGCAGUCCGUUACUUCACUGCACCGAAACCUUUGGAGCAUGCCAUGGAGGCCGAAUCUAAGAACUCCGGGGCUGAGUCCCAUGGCCACACGGUCGUGAGGCCGAAUGUAUCGCCCGAUAGGCCUUCUCAGGGCGUCGAGGCUCACACGCCCAAAAAGCAAGGCUUGACCUUUGCCAACCAAGAUUCACUGCCCAAAUUGCCAAUUCCUGAUCUUGAAGAUACUUGCCGCCGACACCUCGAGGCCCUCAUGGCUUUGCAGGGCCCACGGGAACACGAGGAGAGCAAAGCAGCGGUAGCAGAAUUCUUGAAGACGGAUGGACCGUCUCUACAAGAGAAACUCAAGAACUACGCUAGUUCAAAAACAAGCUACAUCGAACAGUUCUGGUACGACUCGUACUUGAACUUUGAUAGCUCCGUUGUUUUGAACCUCAACCCAUUCUUCUUACUGGAGGACGACCCAACUCCAGCUCGCAAUCACCAAGUCACUCGGGCUGCCUCUUUGGUCAUCUCGGCUUUAUCUUUCGUUCGGGCCGUUCGGCGCGAAGAGCUUCCACCUGACACUGUCCGCGGGACGCCACUUUGCAUGUACCAGUACUCGCGACUUUUUGGCACAGCUCGUCUGCCCUCAGACAACGGCUGCGUCAUCAGCCAGGAUCCCACGGCCAAGCACGUGGUUGUCUUGUGCCGAGGCCAAUUUUACUGGUUUGAUGUGCUGGACGACAACAGCGAUCUGAUCAUGAGCGAGAAGGACAUCGCGCUGAACCUUCAAGUGAUCGUUAAUGAUGCAGCCCAGACCUCUAUUCAUGAAGCAGCCAAGGGUGCCCUGGGUGUUCUCAGUACUGAGAACCGAAAAGUUUGGUCGGGACUGCGGGAUAUCAUGACCAAGGACCCGGCCUCCAACAACGCCGAAUGCUUAAACAUUGUCGACACUGCUCUCUUCGUCCUUUGUCUAGAUGAUACUGAGCCUUCCAACACGUCCGAGCUGUGCGCCAACAUGCUUUGCGGCACAAGCGAGGUGAUCAAGGGUGUACAGGUGGGCACGUGUACCAAUCGAUGGUACGAUAAGCUGCAGAUCAUCGUCUGCAAGAGCGGUAGCGCCGGUAUCAACUUUGAGCACACGGGUGUUGAUGGCCAUACUGUGCUGCGCUUUGCCAGCGAUGUCUACACCGAUACCAUUCUCCGAUUUGCGCAGACCAUCAACGGUCAGGCCCCAAGCCUAUGGGCGACGUCUAGCCCCGACCCAUCGAAGCGUGACCCGCGCAGCUUCGGAAACGUCAGCACUACUCCGCGUAAGCUCGAGUGGGACAUGACUCCGGAGCUUAAUAUCGCAUUGCGGUUUGCGGAAUCACACCUGUCGGAUCUUCUGUACCAACAUGAAUUCCGUGUUUUGGAUUUUGAGGGUUACGGCAAGAAUUUUAUCACAUCGAUGGGAUUUUCCCCCGACGCGUUUGUGCAAAUGGCAUUCCAAGCUGCUUACUACGGUCUCUAUGGUCGCGUGGAGAACACAUACGAGCCAGCCAUGACGAAGAUGUUCUUACACGGUCGCACCGAGGCUGUACGGACCCUAACUCCGGAGGCCCUUGGUUUUGUCAGGACUUUCUGGGGCGAGAAUCCAGCAGAGAAAAAGAUUGACGCGCUACGCACCGCCACACAAAAACAUACAGCUUUGACCAAAGAGUGCUCCAAAGGCCAGGGUCAAGAUCGCCACUUGUACGCUUUAUACUGCCUGUGGCAACGAUCCUUCGACGACGGACUCUCCUACGACACCGGCUCAACAGGUGGAUAUAGUAGUCCCGGCGAGGGGGUCGAAUCACCCAAGUACUCGGAAACAUCGGAGGACGGCUUCUCCUCUCCCAACGGCAGCAGCCUUCGUGGCUACCGCACCGUCGCACCACCCACACCCGCCAUCUUCAGUGACCCCGGCUGGGACAAAAUUAACAACACCAUCCUGUCCACGUCGAACUGCGGAAACCCGUGUCUGCGCCACUUCGGAUUCGGUCCGACGUCCGCCGACGGCUUCGGUAUUGGGUACAUUAUCAAAGACGAUUCUAUUUCCUUCUGUGCUUCUUCGAAGCAUCGCCAGACUGCACGUCUUAUGCAGACUCUGGAGUCUUAUCUCCUGGAGAUCCGGAAACUGUUGCGUACUGCGAACCGGAAGGCCACCAGCCCGCGUACUAGUCGUGCUCGUGAGACUGAGGCUCUGGCCGAGGGCUUGCAGACCGACUCACAGCGCCGUGGCCGCAUUGUUCGGAGUGACACCCGUGGUACGGGCUUUGAUACGCCUACCACUACGACGGACAGCGUGGAGCCGGAUGAUGAUGGCAUGGGGGGAUAUGGCUUCUUCGAUGCCGGUAUGCUUCUUCAUGCUCUAAAGGGCGUCAAUGCGGACAGAGAGCGUGGAGAGAAACCUGCGAGACGGCGAUUCGUUGGAAAGAAGCUCCAUCUCAAUGAAUCCCCGGUCAACCUCUCAAUGCCUUUGCACUUUCUGUCAAGACGCGUGCCCCAUGCUGGGCUGUGGACCAGGCAGUUCUCAACUUCGCCGCGCAGUGCUAGCUACGCGAAUACCUUGCACAACUUGAAAAUUGGAGCUCACACGAGGGUUAUUUUUCAGGGGUUUACUGGAAGGCAGGCUACUGCCAACGUGAAGGAAUCCUUGGAAUGGGGCACCAAGAUUGUCGGAGGCGUCAAGCCUGGUGUUGAAGGUGAACACCUGGGACUUCCUAUCUUCCCUUCGGUCAAAGCGGCCCAUGAUACAGCAAAACCCGAUGCCUCCGCUAUUUAUGUUCCGGGUAAUCAGACAGCACAGGCCAUUGAAGAGGCCAUUGAGGCCGAAAUUCCACUCGUGGUAGCAGUUGCCGAGCAUGUCCCCAUUCACGACAUUCUUCGGAUCCAUUCCAUGCUACAAACCCAGUCCAAGACCCGUCUGGUCGGUGCGAACUGCCCGGGUAUCAUUUCAGCCAUCGGAAAGUGCCGGAUUGGCUUCCAGCCCCUACCAUGCUUUGCGCCGGGCAGUAUCGGUAUCGUAGCCAAGUCGGGAACUCUGAGCUACGAGACUGUCGCGUCUACGACCCGAGCCGGGCUGGGACAGAGUCUUUGCAUUAGCAUGGGCGGCGACGUGUUGGCUGGUACUAACUUUGUUGACGCGCUGAAGAUCUUUGAACACGACCCUGAUACCGAGGGCAUCAUCAUUGUUGGCGAGAUUGGUGGCACGGCUGAGAUGGAUGCUGCAGAAUGGAUCAAGGAUUAUCGGCAGCGAACGCAAAAUCCUAAGCCUAUUAUGGCUCUCGUGGGUGGAUUGGAAGCCCCCCCGGGACGCGUUAUGGGACACGCGGGAGCUUGGGCUGCACCCGGUGAACCUGAUGCUCUAACCAAGUAUCAGGCACUGGAACGAGCUGGUGCCGUUAUGGUUAACCAUCCCGAGAAGUUUGGUGUGGGCAUGAAGGCGUUACUUGGGAAUGCCGGCCUGUCGGGCGCACGCUCAAUCUCGGGAGGGGGCUCUCAAAAGCGUGGAUUUCAUACCAUGAGGCGCACAGCCCCAGCUCCGAGGCCCGUGAACCAGCAGAAACGCAGUUUUUAUGUCAAGCAGUUUCAGGCAUUCGACAUUUUGAAGCAAAAGUCUGUUCCUAUCAAUGAGACUUCUUCUAGCUCCGAUGCAUUAAUCUCUAUCUCCGUUGACCGGACGGCUUUGUCUCCAUGCAUCAUUGCGUCUCCAAGUGCGUCUAACCUCAACAAGGCGCAGAGAUUCCCCUUCACCUACACCCAGGCCAAUUUUGACAAGAGUCCUGUCAUUGCUGAAGUUGCAUCGCAUCUGGGUCUGCCUGAAUCGGCUAACGGCAAGUUGGCUGGUCUGGUACAAGCUUUGUGGGAAAUCUUCAAGGAGAAGGAAGCUUUCAUGCUGGAGACGCGCGUUGGGGUAUCGGCCGACGGAAACCUGGAAGUCCACGGUGCCCAUUUUGGAUUUGAUGAUGCCGCGUUCCGCAGCUCGAAGCGCCAGGGAGAGAUUCACAGUCUACGAAACAUCGCCGAAGAAGUUCCGGAGGAGGUCGAAGCCGAGAAGGACGGAAUUGUCUAUGUCAAAUUGCAAGGUGAGGGUAGCAUUGGUACUCUAGUCAACGGAGCCGGUCUUGCCAUGAACACAGUCGACGCUCUCACGAUCCACGGUGGCCACUGCACCAACUUCCUCGACACCGGUGGCAAAGCCACCUCCGAGACCGUCAAGUCAUCUUUCAAAAUCAUCUGCUCCGAUUCGCGUGUCAAUGCCGUCUUUGUCAAUAUCUUCGGUGGGUUGACGCGUUGCGACAUGAUCGCCGAGGGAAUCAUCAUGGCUUUCCGGGACUUGGAUAUGAAGGUUCCCGUUGUGGUGCGACUGCGUGGGACAAACGAGGAACUUGGCCAGAAGAUGAUUGCGGAAAGUGGUCUUCCUCUCCACGCAUUCGAUGGAUUUGAGGACGCGGCCAAGAAGGUGAUCUCGCUAGCUCAAAACUAG